AUGACGAAAGAAACACUCAAAGAAAUAUGCAAACAAAAUAAAUUGUACUUAAUCCCUAGUCUCAAUGAUGUACUUUAUCUUCAUUUUAGAGGAUUUUCAAAGAUUGAAAACUUAGAUGAGUAUACUGGGCUAAAAUGUCUGUGGUUAGAAAACAAUUGCAUAACGAAUAUUUCUGGACUCGACAAUCAAACAAAGCUCGUCUGUUUGUACAUGCACAACAACGCAAUCUCGAAAAUCGAAAAUCUUGAUUUUUUAGUCAAACUCGACACGAUAAAUUUGAGCCAUAAUUUCGUUAAGAUUAUUGAAAACUUAGAUCACUUGCAAGACCUGAAUUCGUUGAUUAUAUCUCACAACAAGCUUUCUACAGCGAGCGACAUUGCUCAUUUGGCCAGCUGUAAAACGUUGUCUAUACUCGAUCUUUCAUUUAACCACCUAGAUGAUCCAGAAAUCAUUAAUGUUUUUACCAACAUGGAAUCUUUGCGCGUUUUAUCUUUAACUGGAAAUAGUGUAAUUUCGAAGAUAAAAAACUAUCGAAAAACGUUAACUAUUAAAUGUAAAGAACUAUGCAAUYUGGAUGAGAGGCCAAUAUUCAAAAAGGACCGUUUAUGUGCAGAAGCUUGGAGUACGGGUGGUAUCGAAGCGGAACAAGCCAUGAGAAUUAAAUUAAACGAAAUCGAACAAAAAACCAUUUCGGAUUCCGUAAAAGCACUAAUGAAUAUGCGCCGAAAUAGGAAUGUACUAAUUACUCCAUCGGCYUCCGGUGACAGUGAUGGCCAUCGGGGAGGUGACGACGGAGGAGAUUCUAAGGACAGUCUGAUCGUGUCUAAAGACUAUUACGACGAAUGCGAYUCUUCAGAAGACGAUUCCGCCGACGACGGAUCGUCCACCAAAGACGCAAAUCCGUUGGUACGCGAAAUCGUCGAUAAUCACGACGGCGGAGACGACUAUACUGCAGCUGACGAUUCCGCUGAUCUGUCGACACACCACAACGUGGGUGAUAACGAUGGAGGUUUCAUUGACCUCGAGGGUGACGUCAUAGAUUAUCCGCGUGAUCGACUGCCUGCAGUGGGAGAACGGAGCACUUACGCCACCAUGGUAGACUGCAACAGCGGAAGCCGAGAAGACAACGAUGGCCGUCCCCCGAUGAUCAUCGAUGUCGCAGACGAUGAUGGCGAUGGUGACGAACCUACAGGACGAUUGAAUAAAAAAUGCGAACACUUUGUCGACAAUAAAGCCGACGGGUUAGCAGCGAAUGACGUUGCGGAAAACAAUWCUACUGAACCAUAUCCUGUUGAAAAGUGUGCCGAUGAUGACCGUUUAUGUCCAAACGACUCGGCUGAGCCGAAUGAGCUGAUGAUUGAACGCACCGAAAAUGAAUUAGUCCCUACAGAUAAGAAUAACACGAAUAACGAAUUAAAUCCAGAUGAAAGUGGAAAAAACGACGACAAGAAUAGUGAUAAAAACUAUAAUAAUAAUACUAAUAAUGUUAUAAAUAUUGAUCAUCGGAAUUUUGGCGGUUCAAUCAAAAUUGAUAACAUAUUAAAUAACAACGAUUCUGAAACGUGUGAAAAUCCAAAUUUAAAUGAAAUACUAGUCAAAAGUUCACCUUCAUUAUAUUCGGAGCAAACAACUAUUAACACUUCGCAAAUCCUAUGCCCGAAAAAUUUGAAUACUCUUGACAUAAUUGAUCAUGAUAAUUCUGAAGAGGAAACAAGUUUAAUUACAACCUGUAAAUCUGAUCGAAAUGAAAUCAAAGAAAUUCCUAUUCAACUCCCAUGGCUUUUGCUACCUCAUACAAAAGAAGAGUUUUAUAUUAAAAAAAGUUCUGAAUAA